CUCUGCUGCUCAAAACGUAGACUAGAGUAGCUCUGAUGAUGAAGCACCCAAUUGCAAUUGCAAGGCUUCUCUCCAUCCGUCGUCUUCUUCUUCUUGUCCUGCAGCAGCUCUGCCUCCUCGUCCCGCUCGUCUCCGUUCUAUCCGCCGCCGCAGCCGUCCCGCCGCCGCCGCCGGCGCACCGGCGUCCAGAAGGCUGCCCAUCGAGGUGCGGCGACGUCGACAUCCCGUACCCGUUCGGCAUCGGCGAUCAGUGCGCCAUCGACGGCGGCUUCGACCUCAGCUGCAGUCUUGUGAACGGCACCCACUACAGGCCUUUCAGCGGGCCGUUCGAGGUGACCAACAUCUCCAUACCCGACGCCAAAGCUUGGACGAAGAUGAACAUCUCAUGGCGGUGCUACGAUUCUCGCACCAACCCGACGACGUGGUCCACGAGGAGAGAGAACUUCACACACACGCCCUUCAGGUUCUCGCACCAGGAUAACAAAAUCUUUGUCGUCGGAUGCAACACGCUCGGCUAUAUCACCAGUGAAUAUUAUAGCAUAGGUUGCUUGUCCGAAUGCUACAAUAAACCGAGGAACAUGAGUUCGUGCUCUGUUGGCAGUGGCUGCUGUGAGGCGGAUGUCCCAAUCGACAUGGGGUAUAGUCGAUCUUUCUUCAAUCCAGAGUAUAACUACACUGGCUGCGGCUAUAUUGCAGUGAUGGAAGAGAAGAUGUUCAGCUAUAGCACGACGUAUAGGGACUCAUCAACAUCGUUUUUUGAUGCAUACAACGGCACAGUUCCAGUUGUAAUGGACUGGAGGAUUAGACGGUACACAUGCGAGGAGGCUAAAUUGAACAUCAGCAGCUCAUAUGCAUGCAUUAGUUACAAUAGCCAAUGUGUCAACACCACCAACGGGCCAGGCUACCGCUGCAAAUGCCAGGACGGGUAUCAAGGCAAUCCAUACGUCAGGGAUGGAUGCACAGAUAUCGAUGAAUGCGUUCAGGAUAAUAUGAAUGACUACUGCACGGCUAGAGGAGCGACCUGUCAAAAUACACAGGGGAACUUUACAUGUUUAUGUCCACCUGGAAAAAGUAUGACGAAUGGCAUCUGUAUGGCACAUCACAAGUCCUCUUCUUGGCUGAUACCUGUCGUAGGCGCAAGUGUUGGCCUAGUUGUCCUUGUCGUUACCUUAACCUGUGCAUACUUGAUACAACAAAGAAAGCUACAUCACACCAAACAGAGAUACAUCCAACAGUACGGAGAUAUGUGGAUUUUUGAGAAGAUGAAAUCACAACAAGGUUUCAAAAUAUUCACAGAAGCACAACUCCAAGAAGCCACCAACAAGUUCAAUGAAAAACGAGUGCUGGGUCAUGGAGGACAAGGAACUGUGUACAAGGGACUUGUCGAAGGCAACGUCGAAGUAGCUGUAAAGAGGUGUAUGUCCGUUGAUGAGCAGCACAAGAGAGAAUUCGGCAAGGAAAUGCUAAUCCUUUCUCAAAUCAACCACAAGAACAUCGUUAAGCUACUCGGUUGCUGCCUCGAAGUGCAGGUCCCGAUGCUGGUGUACGAGUUCAUCCCCAACGGCACAUUGUUCCAGCUCAUCCAUGGAAACCAUGGCAGGCAGAUUUCCUUGGCAAUUCGCAUACAGAUCGCCCAUCAGUCUGCCGAGGCGCUUGCCUACCUGCACUCAUGGGCAUCCCCACCAAUCUUCCAUGGAGACGUCAAGUCAUCGAACAUCCUCAUAGAUCGUGACUACACUGCGAAAGUCUCAGACUUCGGUGCUUCUAUCCUGGCACCAACAGAUGAGUCGCAAUUCGUCACAUUUGUUCAAGGAACUUGUGGGUACCUAGACCCAGAGUACAUGCAGACAUGCCAAUUGACGGACAAGAGUGAUGUGUACAGCUUCGGGGUUGUUCUUCUAGAGCUGCUCACACGCAAAAAGCCAUUCAAGUUUGAUGGGCCUGAAGAUGAGAAGAGCCUAGCGGUAAGGUUCAUUUCAGUUGCAAAGCAGGGAAAGCUUGAGGAGAUCUUGGACGAUCACAUCAAGAAAGACGAGAGCAUGGAGGUUCUCCAAGAGGUUGCAGAGCUAGCAAUGCAAUGCUUGGAGAUGUCCGGUGCAAAUAGGCCGACCACGAAGGAAGUCUCCGAGAGGCUUGAUAGUUUGAGAAAGGUGAUGCAACAUGCACAGCAGCAGCACAACAACCCUGAGGAGAUGGAGCCCUUGCUUGGAGAGUCAUCCUUGGCAAGCUCUGAUGAGGUGGUUGUCAGCACUGGAAAUCUAAGCAUUGAGAUGGAAGCUGCCAGGAGUCUAGAACGGGGACGUUGACCACAAAUUCACCGUCUAGUAAAGUAGUAAUCUCAAAGUGUGUAUGAUAUAUUAAUAUCAUAUUUACCUACGUACGUAUAUAUACAUGGUUAGCAAUAAUAAUUUUCACUGUUGUAUUAAUGAUUUCGCACACGAGCUUUGUGUGUGUUUGUACUGCUGUUUUGGCAAUUUACUUGAUGUACCUGUUGUCUUCUUGUUGUUACUGGUUGUAUAUAUAUUGUCCAUAUUGAGUAUAACUUAAUAAUCAUCUA